AUGGACAUGAGGUAUGAUGGAACUCAAGACCCACAGGAACAUCUGACGGCCUUCGAGGUCAGAAUGAAUUUGGAGGGGGUAGGCGACAAAGUCAGGUGUCGCACUUUCCCGGUCACCCUGGCUGGACCCACAAUACGGAGGUUUAAUAGCCUCCCGCAAGGUUCUAUCUCUAGGUUCUUGGACAUCAGUUGCACCUUCUUGGCGCAAUUCACUACCCGAAUUACGAAGGUAAAACACCCGAUAAACUUACUCGGGGUGACACAAAGGCACGGUGAGCCGACCAGAAAAUACUUGGACCGAUUUAACGAUGAGUGUUUGGAAAUAGAUGGCCUAACCGAUUCGGUGGCCAGUCUGUGUCUGACGAACGGACUUCUGAAUGAGGAUUUUAGGAAGCACCUCACCACGAAGCCGACGUGGACGAUGCAGGAGAUCCAGAGCGUUGCCAAGGAAUAUAUCAACGAUGAAGAAGUCAGCCAGGUCAUGGCUGCCAACAAGCGGCAGCCCUCCUACAAUCAAACCUGCCAGCACGAUAGAGGAGAAAGACAGAAAGAACACACUAGAGAUGGCGGUCCGAGAAAGACACCCAUGCCGUUUUCUCGAGUCGAGAAGUUCACCAAUUACAUCCCCUUACCGUUCCCAUCAUAG